AUGCCUCAAGCUCAGUUUUCGGUGGAUUCUGCUGUUCGCCGGCUCCGCGAGUUUUCAGAGUUAACAGAACACCGGAUGGGCUUGAAACCAAGAGAAGCAAGGCGUGUUCACGCAGCAUUUCAGCUGUUGGCUACUGGGCCGCCAUCCGAUUCAAAACGCACUGCCCAAUCGAUAGAUUAUUUUGAGUUUCUCCAGAGGGUCAAAACUCUUACGGGCAAUGACGGAAUUGUUCUCUGCGCUGCUGGGCUUGUUUAUGGUGGUGUUGACCCAGGCAGUCGAAUGUUGCCUCCAAUCGAACCACAGAUAACUGGAACCUCCUUUUCCGGAGACGUCUAUGAACUUACAGUGCAAGACGUACAAGGGAUAGCGACAAUGCCAGAUCAGAUUACGGGCAAAAUUCGGUUGACUGAAACCUAUAAUCCAUAUACGCCGUCAUUCAUCAUCAUCCCAAUCUCCAAUGAGCUUACAAAUCGAUUGAUCAUAAAUCGGCCAAGAGUUAUAUGA